AAUCAUAUCGUCAGGCGCGCUGCAGCAUUUAGGUGAAAUUUUACAGAAAAUAAAUGAGAAUAAUUUUCACCUUCGGCAGCUAGUUAUGUUUAAACCCGAGCAGAAGUAUUUCUGGAAGUUAAAUAAACUUGCGUUUGAUGAAUAUGGAGUUAAACGAUGGAAAGAGUGUAUUCCUAUGGAACCGUUUGUUGCAAUUGAAUUAACAGGAGUUGACGCUCAUCAUCGCUUCAAUGUUCUUUGUGGAUCAGAUGCAGUUGGACAAGACAAAUAUUCUACACCAGACUCCUUGCAAGCGCUCUACGGAAAUAAUAUUUAUUCCUCAACUUCAGAUAAGGAAACAGAGUUUAUUUUUGACAGCAGCGAUGUGCGAUUUUGUCUACGAUCUACGGCGCUUUUACAAAAUAGUACAUUAUGUAUUAUCAAACCGCAUAUUGUACAGGAUUCCAAAACUGAUUUCAAUGCUAAAACUCGUCAAAUGUCAAAACACAUAAAAAUACCGUGGAUUCCAAUUAAAAUCAAUAUGGGUCGACCUGUUAAAAUGAUUCGUGUAGGAGUACAGGACGCAGCGCGAACACGGCAGCAGUCAAUGAUAAUGGAAAUGAUUAGCGGGAAAUGCGUCGCUUUGGAAAUCACAAAUAAAAAUAACGAUGGAUCUGAUACUAUAUGCUGGAGAUUUAGAGAUUUUUGUGGACCAAUUUGCCCGAGUGUUGCUAGGAUUAUUAGACCGCAAUCAUUGAGAGCUCGUUUUGGUAUUAACAAAAUCAUGAAUGCAGUGUAUUGUACAGAUCUGGAAGAAAAUGCUGAAUUUGAAUUGGAGUACAUUUUUAAAUUUUUGUCGUAACGCGAAUAACAUUUUUGUAUUCAUUUUAUGUAUGUUCAUAACUAAUAAUCAAUAUUUUCAAUUUUAACAUUUUAGCUAUACGAUUUUUUUUAGAGGUUGUAUCAUUUGAAGGUUUAUAGUGAGUGCGCAUUCGCAUAUAACAUAUUGUAUGAAAAUACAAGCUGUCUCAUUUUAAGGUAAAAAUAAAGAAACGUAUCAGAUGAUUAG